AUGGCUCCCAAAAAACAAAAACCCUCCGGUUUUAUGUUUUUCACUGUAGAAUGGAGAAAUAAAUAUGGUAAAGGCCUAACCAUUGCCGAAGCCACCGAAGAAGCUGGAAAAAUUUGGAAAACAAUGGAUGCAGGACAGCGUGCUCCCUAUAAUGAAAAGGCUAAAUGUGAGACAUCGUUUAUGGGAAGUGGAGGUGGUGGUGGAGCUGGAAAAAUGACGUGUACCGGUGUACCGAUUUCCCUGGUGGAAAAAGAGCGUUUGGAUCAAGAGAAUAAGGAACGUCAAAUGAAACGUGAAAUUGAGGCAACAGUACGAAAAGGUUCAAAAGCUGGGCAAUUGGAGACGCAAACCUAUUACUUUAUAAUGGCUAACUAUUUCACAAAAACCCUAAAGGAUGGCAUAUAUGUACCAGCUGAGAUAGCGGUGGCUAAGUUUUCCCUAAAAGGAGGUGUACAACAAGUCUAUCAGACCCUUAUUAAUCCGGGUGUUAAUAUUUACGGUCAUCAAUAUGAGGCUCAACAUUUAUCGGAUACCACCCAUAAAUUACCAUUACCCCCAAAUGCUUUGGGUGAAACCCAAUUGGGAAAAAUUUAUAAUGAGAUUUUGAAUUUUGUGCGCGACAAUAAAGAUGGAAAUUAUCAACCGUUAUAUACACAUCGCGAUUGCAUACAUAUUGUUGAGUCCGUUUUGGGAUUCCUACAAAAUGAUACUGAAGCAAAUAAUGUGCAGUUGAAUGUCUAUUCCAUACAACAUUUGUUAUUUGUUAUGAAAGAAGCCACCUGUGAGGCUGGAGAAUUGGAGAAACCAAAAACUUUUUACAUAACAGAUGCCUUCUUUGAUCGGGACUUUUUUGAAUAUCAGUGUGGCAUUGGAUGUCAGUAUCAUGAGGAAAUCGAUACAUCUAAAUAUUGUACCCAAUCGUAUGUAACACGUUGGGGUUAUAUGUUUGCCGAUUAUAUGUGUGGUGAUAUUGCUAUACCACUAAUGCCAGGACUUCAUUGUCCACCCAAUACAAAUUUGAAUGAACUUGUUACACCAGCACCCAGUUUUUAUUCCGAUACCGAGUCAUUUAUUUCAAUUGGUACAACAGCAACAAAUUUCACCAAACCUGUGGCUGGUUCUAAAUUAUACUAUGAUGAUGAUGAACAGAAAACUAUAGUAUCCGAAGCAAGUAAAACAUAUACUGUUAACUUCCCAAACUUGGGGGGUGGUGGUGGAGCUAUUAGAAAAAAUACGGCACCAUCAAGGCAAACAAAUGUUACACGCACUAUUAAAAGCAGCUUUGAAGAUGCCGAAUAUGAAGAUUGUGCUGAUCUGAAUCCUUGGACAUCACGAUCCCGUAAUAUUCCUCGACAGCCAGCCAAAUCUCAUUUUGAUAUUAACUAUACAAAUGAUGGUUUGACCUCAGAUACGGAUGACUACAGUUCAGUGGCAAGUUUUGGACGUGGUCGUUUGAUCGCUGAUACUUCAUUCAAUACAAUAAGUGGUAGCAGUUAUGGCCGUGGACGCUUCCUAAAGCCUUAA